UUCUAUAGUCAAAGUAGACAAAACUUUGAAUUUUUUUAAUUUGAAUUUUCACUUGGACCUUUGAUAGAUCUGCCCCUUAUAGUUACUGGGAGUUUUUUCUCAACAAAGUAAUGUGGGGCUGCUGCUGCCUGAGACAAAAUUUGCCCCUUUCCACGUGUCUUGCAGUGUAGUUGUAUGACCACUGGUUACUCACUGUAUUAACUUGUUUGUUUCUAUCCAGGGAGGAUUAAGAUCACACUAGUUAUUGUGAGUGGAGCUGCCAUACUCCCUCCCUCCUCUCACUCACCUCUUUUCUAGUGUAACAAUACAAAUUAUUCUGAGCCUGAUACUCAUCCUAUUCAGGAACUGAGAGGGUUAACUCACAGGAAAACAAAGUGCUGUUUGUUUUUGAUAAAAGGGAACUUUCAGUUUCGUUUCUUGUUCAGUUGCUGUUCCUGCUCUCAGUGAUGGCGGCUGCUGAUCUGAGAGACGAGCUGAGCUGCUCCAUCUGCCUGAGCAUUUAUACUGAUCCUGUAUCCCUGCCGUGUGGCCAUAACUUCUGCCGGGGCUGUAUUGGGACAACAUGGGACACCCAGGAGGGAUCUGGGGCUUAUUCCUGCCCUGAAUGCAGACAGGAGUUUAAGGAGCGCCCUGCCCUGCCCAGGAACAGAACUCAGCCGGAGCCGGGGGAGACUGGGAUUCCCUGCACCUACUGUGACUCCCAUGUACCUGCUGUUAAAUCCUGUCUCCUGUGUGAGUCUUCUCUGUGUGAGACCCACCUGAAGGUGCACAGCAAGUCAGCGAAACACGUCUUAAUAGAACCCACAAUGCACCUGGAGGACAAGAAAUGCUCAGUCCAUGAUGAACCCCUGAAAUAUUACUGCUGGGAGGAGUCUGUCUGUGUCUGUGUGUCCUGCUGUCUGGCCGGAGAGCACAGGGGCCACAGGGUGGAGCUGCUGAGUGAGGCCUCUGAGAAGAAGAAAGAGAAAGUGAGGAAAGUUCUGGAGAAACUGAGACCAGAGAGAGAGGAGACUGAGAGAGGAGCCCAGAGACUGCAGGAGCGCAGGAGAGAAGUGGCAGAAAAAGCAGCCGGUGAGACAGAGAGAGUCACUGCCCUGUUUAGAGACAUCAGGGAACAGCUGGAAGCCCUAGAGAAGAGACUCCUGAGUGACAUCUCCAGCCAGAAAGAGAAGCUCUCACUCACACUCACUGAUCUGAUGGAGCAGCUGGAAAUAAAGAAGGACGAGCUGUCCAGGAAGAUCCGUCACAUUGAGGAGCUGUGCAACAUGGCAGAUCCAUUCACUGUCCUACAGGAACGGGAAUCACAUGGAGCUGAAUUGUAUGGAGCUGCAGAUAAUGAGGGGGGCAGAGAGAGAGAGGAUUCAUUGUUCUCAUUUUUGACUGCUUUUCUGCCUUGGGGAAAGGGAAAGAACACACAGAUGAAUAGAGACAGCUUACAAGAGAGACAUGAUAUAAAGGUCCCUGCUGUAGGGGAUCUGGAUGUGGAUCUGAUCUCAGAGACAUUACUCACAGGCUUAGCUGCCAUUGGGACUGGGGUAAAGGGAAGGAUCUAUGGGCAGGAGGCAACAGACCUGUUACUGGAUAUAAACACGGCUCAUAAUCGUGUAUCUGUAUCAGGGGACAGGAAAUCUGCUUCCUACUCACUAACACAACUACAUUACCCACAAUCCCCAGAGAGAUUUCAGAAAUAUGCUCAGGCUUUAAGCAGCAGGAGUUUCCCCUCAGGGCGACAUUACUGGGAAGUGGAGGUCAGUGAAUCAGGGGACUGGGGGGUAGGGGUGUCCUAUCCCAGUAUAGAGAGGGGAGGGGGUCAGUCCUGUAUUGGGAAUAAUAACAAGUCCUGGUGUUUGUACAGAUGGGAUAAUAACAGAUAUUCAGUGGGACAUGACAGUGAAUGGACAGAUUUACCCCACCUCCCUUCCUGCAGGAGAAUCAGGAUCUCAUUGGACUAUGAGGCCGGACGUCUGUCCUUUUAUGAGCUGAGUGAGCCAAUCAGACACUUACACACCUUCACUGCCACAUUCACUGAGCCCCUUCAUGUUGCAUUCUGGGUGAGGAGGGAAGGUGACUGGGUGAGAUGGAGAGAAAAAAGAGAUGAAGUACUGACACUAGAGAGAGACAAACAGAUAAGAGACAGGAAGGAUCUGACCCCAGACAUAGAGAAGUUCUAUCUAAAGACUCAGAUGCAGGAGGAGGAUGUUGUGUCUCAUAUAAUCCACACGGGGGAGACAGAGAGGGAAGAGUUGGUCGGGCAGAUCCCUGACAUGGAGGAGAUGUGUAACAUGUGUGAUACAUUGUGUUCCUUACUGGCACAGGAAUCACAUGGAGCUGCACUGUGUGGGGCUGAGGGGGCACAUAAUGAGGGGGGCACAGAUGGGAUAAUGGCCCCUGGAUUGGCUCAUAUUGUGCUGGGUAUAAGGACACUGAUCUAUGGGCAGGAGGCUACAGACCUGUUACUGGAUAUAAACAUGGCUGGGAAUCAUGUAUCUGUAUCAAGGGACAGGAAAUCUGCUUCCUACUCACUAACAAAACUACAUUACCCACAAUCCCCAGAGAGAUUUCAGGAUUGGCCUCAGACUUUAAGCAGCAGGAGUUUCUCCUCAGGGCGACAUUACUGGGAAGAUCCAAAAAUAAGUGAGACUGCUGAGACUGCUGGUUCUGGGCAUGAGACAGCCCAAGCCAAUCACAGGCUGAAUUCAGAUGAGCUGCAUUCAUAA